AUGCUUUUCUGUGCUCUCUUCGCACUCAACGUCGCCUACUUUGCGAGAGCUCUGGUGCUGGAGAGCAACGACUUGGAUGCAUCAAUCGCCAAAGGAGAGGUGCAGGAGCAGUCAAAGUCCAUGCUCAUGCUGAAAGAGGCUUCCACACAGUUUGGCCAGCUCAUGUUCAUCGACCUCUGGCUCCUCUUCCUGCCCAUUCCGCGUUCCUCCUUUCUUAAAGACCUCACCGGCCUGGACCAGCAGGCCAUGAUCCGCUACCACAAGUUCCUGGGUCUGUGGUGCUUCUGGGUGCUGGCCCUGCAUGGCGGCAUGUUUUACAUCUAUUGGGGAGUGAGCCACGAGUUCUGGGUGGAGUGGAAGGAUUGGGGCACCCUGGACAGCAUCAACAACCUUGCAGGGACCCUCAGCUUCCUCUGUAUGUGCGGGCUAGUCCUCACUGCGCGGGAAUCUUUCCGUCGCAAGAGCUACGAGUGGUUUUACAGGUUCCACCUGGUCUGCUUCCUGGGCUUCAUGGUGUUGGCCUGCAUGCACUACUCCGGAUCGUGGCGCUACUUCACCCCUGGCCUUCUCCUCUGGGGCGUGGACCUGCUGCAGCGCGCCUCGACCAGCUCCGCCAAUGUCGCCAUCCACUCCGUUCACCUGGAUGAGGAGAAGGACGUGACCACUCUGGUCCUCCAACACGCACGGCCUGGCUGCCCCCUGGGCGACAUCCACCUCCUCGUCCCCGCCAUCUCCCGCUGGGCCUGGCACCCAUUCACCAUCGCCGCCUCGACCCCGGCCCAGCCCUCCGCGCCAGGGACUCUCACCCUGCACGUGAAGAAUGAGGGGACAUGGACCAAGAGGCUGGCGGACCUGCUGCUGGCCCGGCCGGACGCCGCCAUCCGCGCCACCCUGCCCCAGCAGGUGUUCCCUCCUCACGAGCCCUGGACCGGGGACGAAGCCGUGGCUGUGGUGGUGGGCGGCAUCGGGGUCACGGCCGUCAUGCUCUCCCUGCGCCGGAUGGUAGAGAGGAGGGCGGCAGGGGCGCUGGCCACCCGCCGCGUCGCCGUCCUCUGGGCUGCCCGCCACGCCUCGGAGUUCCUGACCCUGGACGCCGCAGUCGCCGCUGCUGCAACGUCUGGCGACCCGUGGCUGACCCUGGAGCUCUUUCAGACGCAGCCCAGUCCCGUCCAGGAGUGCAAGCUGGAGGCGGGGCUGGAGUCCGGCAGCCGGGUGUCCAGCCUGGGCAAGGGCCUGAGCAAGGCGGGGGACGGCGACGACGACAGCACGGAGGGUUCAGGGGCGCUCCAGCAGCGCACGCCGCCGGCGCCCCCCAAGUCCGGUGCCUGGCCCCUGGCAAGACCCCGCGCGCCCCGACCCUUGGCCCCCGCCCACAUGGGCCCCCUGUACCUGGCGGCCCUCCACAUUCUCACUUUCUUUGGCGGCUUCGUCGGACUGAUGCUGGGCUGGAGCUGGCUGCCCGAGGCGCAGACCGCGCUGGCCACCAAGCAGGUCACCAAGCCCUUUGUGACCACCAUCAGCUGGAGGGCUGGCUCGCUGGGCAUCACGGGGUUCUGCGUCGUGGGGCUGGGCCUGCCCUACAUCCUCCUGGUUGCGCCCAUGAUGCUGUGGAGGUCCUGGGCAUCCCGGCCUGGACGCAGGUCUGACACACCUCGGAUGCAGGACCUCGAGCUCACCGUGCUGGGGCCCAGACGCAGCCUGUCCCACGACAUGGGCUCUCCCCACGAGGCUGCGACCCCUUUCCAGCCCUGCCUACUGGAGGGCGGCAAGCUUGUCGUGCCCAAUGGCAAGGCCAGCCAGCUCAGCGUGGACAUCCUCCCAGGCCGUCCCCCCAUCCUCGCCGCGCUUUCCGCCCUGGGAGCCGCCCACGAGAGCGUCAGCGUCCUGGUGUCAGGUCCUGAUGGCAUGUUCAGAUCUGUGUUCCAGGCGGUGGCCGAGCUGAACAGGGGCCGACCCAAGUCAGGGAGCGGCUACUUCUCCCUGCACAAGCAGGCUGGUGUCCUUUGA